AUGCACGUCAGAACCGGCCUCCUUUCUGCUGCUGCCCUGGUGGCGGCUUCCAUGACUGAAGGCCAUAUGAUCAUGAGUCAUCCCAAUCCAUUCGGUGUGGGACUGAACAACUCACCUCUGGAGAAUGGCCUUUCUGAUUUCCCUUGCAAGCAGCGUGGGCCUACAACCUACCAGAUGACUGACGGCUUGCUGGAAAGCAACAUCUAUCCGAUUGGCUCCAACACGACUUUGAGCUUCAAGGGAAGCGCUACGCACGGUGGAGGAUCCUGUCAGAUAAGCUUGACCACCGACCUCGAGCCCACCAGCAGCUCCAAAUGGAUUGUCAUUUAUUCGAUCGAAGGGGGCUGCCCAGCGAAUAGUGGGAGUGAAAACGGGGCUGGAGGUCCCGAGAGCACAACCGACUCUGCCACAUUCAGCUUCAAGAUCCCAGAAGUCCAAGUUGGUCGAUACACUCUCGCUUGGACCUGGUUCAACCGUAUAGGAAAUCGUGAGAUGUACAUGAACUGCGCCCCCAUAGAGAUCACUUCUGGCUCGAACAACAAACGCGACGACAGCAUAGCAAAGCGGUCAAACGAGUAUCCUGAGAUGUUCGUUGCCAAUAUCAACGGCUGUAUCACUAAGGAGAAUUUCGAUAUUCGCUUCCCCAACCCGGGCGAAUUCGUUCAAUAUGCCGGCGACGCUAAAAAUCUCCAGGCUUCUGGGUCACCUGCUUGCACUGGGGGUUCGAUGAUGACGGGCAUGAAUCCUGCACCAUCGCCUACUGUGACUGGUACUGCUGUUGCCUCUAAAGGCGAUUCUUCAGACCCUGCUCCAGCAGCCACAGCAUCUGGCGGAAAUGACCGGCCAGGUUCAGCUGGGAUAUCCCUGCAGUCAACGACUACAAUAACUGCAGGUGCCGGGCCCCCCGCCUCAGACAGUCCUGCCACUGAAUCCACUGGCACUCCUCCAUCCUCUGGUGCUCUCACUGGAGCUUGCACUCCCGAAGGCCAAUGGAACUGCAUCGGAGGCACUUCAUUCCAGCGCUGCGCCAGUGGCGUCUGGUCUGUUACACAGCCUGUCGCAGAUGGCACUUUCUGUUCAGCAGGGCAAUCUGCUGACCUUACAAUUGCUGCAGGGCAUGCCGCAAAGCGCGAACAUGUCGCAAGCAUCCACCGGCGCCGCGUUUCCCACGGUCAACAUGUCAGCUUUUGA